AUGUCUCUAGAAGGCGCAAUAGGUGAAGAGAAAAAACUAAUGUCUCAGUUGAGAGGCCGCCAAACGAAGGCUGAAAGUGUCAGCCGUAGUAGAAGUGUCUCGGCAAAUCCUAAAGUGAGCAGAGCUACGACAAGAUCUAAUAGUGCAGCACAUUCUAUAGCUGAAGAAACGCCUUAUCCAACAUCAAUUACAUUUCAGGAUCCUUCCCUAAGGCUGCUGACGGAACCAGUUAAAGAAGAGGACGUAAAUGUUAGUUCAGAAGAAAGAUUGACUGAUGAGGAGGAAGAAUUGGCAUUUCAGGACGAAGGUAGAACGUUACCAAACUUUGCCGUUCCAGAGGAAUCUGAUACAAACCGAACUGAUGAAAUUGCUCUGAUGAAUGAAAGGCAGAUGAUGAAAAAGGCAGAGUCUGCAAAGGUGGCAGAUUCCAUACUAGCUUCGGAAAGAGCAAUCAGCAAUGCCAAAGCAAUCGGUAGACAUGUCCCACAUCAGAUAAUGGAUACUCUUGAAGAAAAAGCUAAGAAGGCUGGCACUGAAAUCCACGUUGAUCCUGAAGAGUUUUACCAGGAAAAAACAGAGCGUAAAAGUAAACUUGAGGAAUAUGCCGUCUACAAGAAGAGACUCAUACAAUCAGGAAGCACAACCAAUACCGGGUUUAUAGCCCCAUACACUCGAGAUGAAGAGAAUAAAAUAGAUACAGAACUUGCGAAGAUGUUGAACGAGAAAACCAAGCUAUCAGAAGUUGAGUCUGAUGCCACACAUCAACGAGCUAUAAGAACAAUAACAAGGGGUAAUUAUUUUGAAACACUAGUUAGCAACGACAUCAAACAUCCUAAAAGCUUCAUGUUAUGUAUGGAUUUCUCAGAGGAGAGUAAAUAUGCACUUGAAUGGUGUGUUGGCACAGUUUUAGUUGACUCUUGUGUGCUGUAUAUAUUGAACGUCCUUGAAGAUGAUGAUUAUUCGUCUAUGCAUCUUAAUGGUAUUCCAUCCUCUGGAAAAGAAAGUCAUACCCAACAUUCGACUGGAGCUAGUAGGGAACGCACAAGAGUAAAUAACGUUAACGAAAUCACGAAAAUGGUUGUUGACCAACUGAAACGUACAAAACUCCAGGUUCAUGUUGUUAUCGAGUCUUGUCACCACCCUAUACCGAGACACUUUAUUGUUGGCAUAAUAAAGCAUAUUUCUCCAACACUAGUGGUUGUUGGCUCGAAAGGGUCUUCUGCAAUCAAAGGUGUUUUGAUGGGGUCCUUAUCCAACCAUUUGGUGAGAAAAUCGCCUGCUCCGGUGAUGGUGGUCAGAAACAGAUUAAAGAAGAUGACUAAGAAGACCAAGUUCACGAAUAAUAUCACUUCACUAAGAGGGUUGGCGGACGCUAAGAUUGAUUAA